GCUCAUCCCCUAAUACUCCCGUGUGUGGGUCACCUCCCUCAGGCUUCUGUUGAAGGUGUCCCAGCUAUGGCAGGAUCAUUGGAUGAAAGAGAGGCCGAGGACUGGAGCCCAGCCCCUCCGAUGUAUGAGGAAUACCGGCCGCCCGCGCUGGACACCAUCCGCCUGCCUCGCUAUGCCCUGUAUCUGCUGAUGGCUGCCAUCCUGGUGGUAGCCGUGGCCUACGCCAUUGUUGGUCACCUCAUCAAAGAUCUAGCUCAUGACCUGGCUGACUGGGCCUUUGGCCCUAAGCCUGACCAGGAGGAAGGUCCCCGAGAGCUGCGGGCCAGCUUGGCCGCGGAGGACCUGGAAGAGCUGGAUCUUCAGCUGGCCCUGGCCUGGCGUGGGGAGGAGGACCCUGCCUAUGCCCCUCGCCGCACCUCCAUUGCCUUCAAGGACCCGCCGGUGCAAACCAACUUUUGGAGGCUGGACUAACCUGGAGGAGCAGUACCUGUGACGCUGGUGGGCUGGGCAGUUCCCUCUGCCGCAGUUGGGCCACCUGUGCAUGUGACAUGUCUGUCGUACAACACAGGGUUUGGCCAGGCUGAAACUCAAAACUCCCCUGCCUUGGCUGGAGUGUUCUGGUUGCAACCUGUCCUUCCACUUUAUUAAGAUUUUGAGACAGGUUCUCAUGUGGCCCAGACAAGCCUUGAACUUGGUAUAUAGCAGAGGAUGACCUUGAAUUCCUGAUCCUCCAGUCACUACCUCCUGGAUGCUAGAAUGCCAGGUCUGGGCCACUCUACCUGGCUUCUAUGAUACUGAGGACAGAGACAAGGGUCUUCUGCAAGGCUGGGCCAGUCCGAGGCCCUGACAUUUUCCUUUUUUUGUUUCCUUCUUUCUGUUUCUCUUUUUUGGUUUUUGAAGACAGGGUUUCUCUGUGUAACAGCCCUGGCUGUUCUGGAACUCAGAGACAUUGCCUGCACCAUUUUUUUCCUUAUAGGUAAUUCCUCACACAGACUCCUUUUGUGUCUGGAGAAAAGAGUGAGACCAAAUUUACAUACAAAUUAAAAGCCUACCUGACUAUUUUA